GGGUGUGCCCUCGGGACAACAUCUACAUCUUAUACAAGGGGGCCAUCAAACUGCUGGGGUAGAUUUCCCUACCCAAAGAGUCUUCUCACGUUGAAAAAGAAGAUCACUGGUUACUAAGAAGGCUUUGUUGUCUUUUCAGCUGUUUCCAGAAGCACGAAGUUGUUUGAAGAAACUUUUAAUCAUUUAAAAAUUUAAUAAUAUUCGACAGUAUAUGAAAAAACGGAUGUGCCUGAUGAACUUUUGCCGGAUUUGAACUUUUGGAAAUAAAUAUCAACAAAUCAGGAAACAGCCAAAAGAAAGGUAUUUUGAAAUGGCCAAAAUGUCAUCCUCAUGGCUGUUAAUGGUUUUUGUUAUUCUCGCACUGGCACUGAUGAAUACAGAGGGCGCUACCAAUUCCACAGUUCCAUCACCAACAGCUGAUGUUAGCCGAAACACAACAAAAAACGUCCUAGACGGCUUCUUCCAAAACCUACUGAAAAUGAUUGAAGCACAAAAUAGGACAACAAAUCGGUCCCCUAACAAUAUCACCAAAAGACUGGACAAUUUCUUGACAAAUCUCGACGUCCCUAAAAUGAUAUCUGACAUCUUUUUGAAGCCAAACAGCGGGAAUCCUAAUGCGUUUAACGACAUCUUGGAAAGAUUGCUUCCAAACGUUUCUUUGCCCGACUGGUCGACUUCUUCGAAGAUGGACAUCUUAGAUAUGUAUCGAGCCAUAACCGGACUGUUUGCCCCUCAAAAUGCCACAGGAUUGGGAGCAAUGGUAUCAAGGCUGAUGCCUUUCGUGAAGCUGUACACCCCGACUCUGAUGGCGUGGGUAACCCAUGGCUUACAAGGGAUGAAUAUAUCGGAACCCUGCACGCAACACACCACAGCGAUUCUCUCUGGAAUACUAGAAGGGAAAUUGUGGGCCCUGCAAUAUCUGGACGCCAUCGGCAAGCCAAAAUCCGGGUUGAUUGAAGGAGCCCUCUACUGGCCUGGUAAUUUCCACGAGUGCGUGAACAUUCAGAGUCCCGCCACUGAAGAGUCAGUCAAGGGGAACUACUGCCUGCUAAAGAUUCCGCUCCCGAUGAGCCUCCUCAAAGGACUGUCUGACGCCGGAAAAGACAAAGGAAAUAUCCAAACGGAUGGUAUCGCCGCCGCGGUUUACGCCUCAUUUUUAUCCCUCCAAUAUGGCUUAUGUGUGCCUAAUUCGUGUAGCGUACAGGACGUCACCUCCAUGAUCAAUCAAGGUCCGAUGAAAUUGUUACCAAAGUCUCUCUAUGGUUACCCGCCGGUCAUACCUGAGCCCGUUUGUCACCAUGAACAGGAUAUUUCUAAAGACACAAGGGCCAUUGUUGUUUCGUGCGUUUUAGGAGGGAUUGGAUUCGUCAUUCUCUUGGGUACCCUUUAUGACGUCGUUACUUUGUUGCUAUGGAAAUACAAGGAUCGUUGUGCUACAAAAACAAAUUUCACCAAAACAAACGGAGUUAAAAUGGCAAACGUUGUGUCGAAUGGAAACGGCUAUGUUCAGAUGCCGGAUGAUAUGGAGAAUGGAACCAUUAAGAAAACAUGCGCAGACAUUUACGUUGUGGGCGGAACCGAAGCUGGCAAACAAACCAACCUCGAAGCGGAAGUAACGCAAGACAAACUCUCAGAAAAGGACAACCACAAAUCUGUCGUAAAACAGGAGCCGAGGCCCAAACCAGGAAUAAUUGGCGGCUUGCUAAUGGCUUUUUCCGUGUACACAAAUACCAAGAAGUUAGUGAACACGGAGCAGAGAUCGGGAACUCUGAGCUCAGUAAACGGUGUCCGCUUCUUCAGCAUGACAUGGGUGGUCCUUGGACACACCUUUAUAUUCCACAUGGGCAUCGCCGACAACAUCCUUGGUUACGCACGGGACUUCCAGGCACGCUGGACAUCACAAGCGCUUCUAAACGCCCUUGUCUCCGUGGACUCGUUCUUCACACUAAGUGGCCUCUUGGUAAGUUACUUAACCUUGAACGAGAUGCGAAAAGCGAAGUCAGCCAAGAUCAACUGGUUUAUGUUCUACUUUCACAGAUUCUGGAGACUGACCCCGCCCUACAUGUUGAUUAUCAUGACAUACGUCCCUCUAUACCAAUACUGGGGACAGGGCCCACAGUGGCCCGUGGGGCAGAUGGAACCAAUGCCGUGUAACAUUUACUGGUGGAAAAACCUGAUCUACAUUAACAACUUCAACAUGACAGACAGCUGUAUUGGCUGGAGCUGGUACCUGGCUAAUGAUAUGCAGUUCUACGUCAUCAGUCCUCUGAUACUGAUACCGCUCUUUUACUCUAAGAUUCUGGGAAUGAUCAUUCUUGGCUUGUUCUUCUUAGCCACAUUCAUAACGACUGGAGUUCUCAGUUACGUGAACAACUUCCAACCCGGUGUGGAUUCCAGACCGGAUUUCAUGGAAAAAAUUUACAUCAAACCUUGGUGUCGUAUUGGUCCGUAUCUUGUGGGGAUAUUUGUAGGAUAUGUCUUGUACAGGACAAGAUGUAAGGUGAAGUUACAUGCGAGCACAGUGAUCUUGGGCUGGUGUAGUGCCGCCGUGGUCUGCCUGGCGGUCUUGUACGGACUGUACGGUCACACCCACGGCCACCCUCUUAGUGUUGAGGCCAGCGCUGUGUACAACGCUCUUCAUCGUACAGCCUGGGGCGCCGGGCUAGGCUGGGUGGUGUUUGCUUGCUGCACCGGAUAUGGAGGUAUUGUCAACAGUUUCCUGUCUUGGAAGGCCUUUGUUCCCUUGGCCCGCCUGACAUAUAUGGUGUACCUUAUUCAUCUGAUUGUCAUGUACUAUUUCAACACCACGUCCAUCGGGCCCAUCUACGCCAGUGACGUCACGAUGAGUUAUUUGUUUCUUGGGAACUUGAUUUUCUCGUACGGCGCUGCGGUUAUCCUCUCCUUAGCGUUUGAGGCUCCAAUGAUGGGACUAGAGAAGGUUAUUUUCAGACGCAAAUGAGAUUUCAUCUAAGCCUUUAUGUAAGACGACACGAAUUCCACGAUGCAAGGCGUAUGAGCCAGUCAGGACGAGAUCAACUUCAGCUUAUUGUGAGAGGUGCUCGUUAACCGAGGUAGAUCAGUAUGACGAGCCAUAUUCAUACAGGGAAAUGUCCUUAAUCCAAAAUAGCAACUGACACAAUCUGACUGACUUCUAAUUUAGAUUUGUAAUAUUAUUUACCUAAGGCACACAUACUGGGCUAGCAUAGAUUAAUUUUUGUUGUGUGUAAACAGUGAGCGGUACAAUAUUUAGUUAAGCUUGUCAGCGUUCACGAGUAAUAUUCAUUUUAUAUUAUUUAUAUAUAUAUAUAUAUAUAUAGCUUUUACUCUGCAGUUAAAAGUGGUAUUUACCGUUUGACUCUUGUUUUUCUUGCACAUGCACGUGUUACGCCUAUAAAGCUAACCAGACCUGUCUUCUGACCUACCUCCACGUAACUACCAUGGCGAUGUAAUACCUACAGCACUGGUUUCCAUGGAAGCCAAGUGCGUGUAGCGUUACUUUGGGAAACAUUAACGGUGACGUACGUUUAUACAGUCUCUAAUCAGUACAUCCUAAAAAAUUUAUUCGUUAAUUUUAACAGAAAAUCUGUAUUCGAUAACUGCAGCAGAUUGUUCUGUUAAAUACAACACAUACAUUCUAAUAAUUCAACACAAAGUUUCUUUUAGAGUAACAGAAUAUUAUGUUGGAUAUGUCAUAGUAUAAUAUACAGCAUAUAUUACAAUAUUGUAACAAAAAAAUACCUUCUAGCAUCACUCAAGCAACA